AUGACCGAGACUUCGCCCCUCAACCAUACCGCUGGCUUCGGCCUGCGCGAAGGGAAGGGCUACCUCCUCGACAACGGCCACGCAGGAAGCCAGCGCCUGAACUACCAAUACCUCAUUUGGAAACAAUGCCUCGGCUAUACCCUGCACCCCAUCAUCAGAGACGCAGUUGGAGAUCAUCCUCGUAUUGCCGAAAUCACUGCAGGAACAGGCCUCUGGCUUCUUGACACGGCUCAUGACUUCCCAAACGCUAUCCUCGACGGGAUUGACAUUAACCUCUCCCGACUCCCGCCUCCUGCCUGGCGCCCCAGCAAUAUCCACCGCCUCUACAACUGGAAUAUCUUCGACGAAGUCCCCUCCGAGUUGGAGGAGCGAUAUGACGUGAUCCAUCUACGUCUUCUCCUCCUUACCAUCUCAGGCAGAGACCCGAGCCCCGUGAUCAAGAAUGUGAUCAAGCUGCUUAAGCCCGGUGGCUGGAUCCAGUGGGAUGAUUUGAGUACCGCACACACCUAUGUUGAAAAGACCGACGAAAAACUUGAGACCAAGGCACUCGACAAGAUCAGAGACUUUGUGCACUCAGAGGGUCGCCAUGACUGGGUUUUUGAUCUACCUUUGCAUUUGCUCAAGCAUGGGUUUGAGGAGAGUCAGUUGACAUUUUAUCAUGGACGGCCGGACUUGAUCUGCCAUGAUACCGAGAUUCAUCUGAUGACUGUUAAGGAGUUCAAUGGCCAGAUGAAGGCUGAUGGACGGGAGGAAGAGGCGAAACAUCUCGAUGACCUUAUCGAGGAGGCAUAUGAGGAGGCUGGACGGGGUGCUGGGGUCACGACUCCGAGAGUUGUCUGUGUUGCAAAGAAGAGACCGGUUCCUUAUGCUGUGCGCGAGGCUCUGUCUUUUUCCUCUUGA